AUGUAUGCCCAACAGAAGCCAAUCGGACGCCAAAGGGUCAUCGCAGCCCUCCUUUUCCUAGCCCUUUGUACCAACCUCUCGACUGCUGCCCCCGAGCCACGUCCGAACCCUCAACCCAUCCCUGACGUGGAGGCACUCACCGAAGAAGCCAUCAAUGCCACCACGCUCGACAUAUCCAGCCUCCGACAGGUCACCGACUCGGACUGCAGCGGCUACGAGGGCCAGUGGAACUGUCUCUCAGACACGUUCCAACACUGCUCGGGGGGGAAGUGGACCAGUGCGCUGUCCUGCAGCGGCGAUAGCGGAAGCCAGGACACACAGAACACGCUAUGCACACCCUUGGGAAGGACUGAGGUGGUCGAUUUUAAAGGGGAGUGCAGCGCUGCUUGGAGUGUAGCAGGCAGUGACGGAUUGGGAGGUAGCGCUGCCUGGAGCGUAGGAGGUGGUGGAUGGGGAGGUGGAGGGACACGCUGCAACGGGAGGGGGUGCUACUAUGGAGCAGGAGCGAAUUUGACUGUCGAAAGAUGGAUCUACUUUCUGAUUUCCGGUGUUGUUGCUCUGGGCUUCUUCUGA